CGUUGUCGUCACACUCAUCAUUGUUGUCGUUAUCAUUCUGUAGUGAAGCAAAGUGCAAAAUGUGAAUGAGCCGCGCCCGUGUGUUGAAUGUAUCGCGUGUUUGUGCGAUCAAUAGUGUGAUUGAUUGUUAAUUAAUUAUUCCUAUUAAUAAUCUACGUUAAAUUCGGAAAAGUGUGAUUGUAUUUCAAAUUAUGCGAUAUGCGGAAUAAUUCGACUAGCGAUAAAAGAUAUAGUGAAAGAUGUCAUCCCAAACAAUAUUGUUGUAUAUUAAGUUUUUUUUCGUUUUCUAAAUUGUUUGCUGUUUCUGGUAUUUAAUUAUUUAUUUAGAUCCGGCAUUUUGGAUGCAUCCAAUGAGACGCAAUGCGCUGAAAUACCAUAGGCUUUAAAACACAUUUCAAUUUUAAGCGUUCGAAAAAAUUUUGUUUUUCCAAAUUGAGGUUUUUCGUUAAAAGAAAUUAAGUAUGCUUUUUUAUCGUAAAAAAAUCUUAUUACUUGGACUACGUUUUAAAAGGCAAUUUUAUCAGAAAAUUUACAUUUCAGAGUGACACUAUUAAUUUGACGUUCUCGUACGAAUUCUUUCAUGAUCCAAAUUAUCCUCCAAUGUUCAAUUAUCUCUUAAAGCAAUUAAUUAACAUAAUGAUAAUUAACAUAACGUCGAAUGCUUAAGGAAUAGAAGGAAUCUCCCUUUGUUAACGUAGUAAAGUUACCUUGCUCAGAUUAAUCAAUAUCCAGGAUUAUUUUAUAUUUGGAGCUGUUUACGAUAUGAUAGAAGCGUGCGUGUACAAGUGUAUGCAUAUAUGAUUCAUGAUUGGUAACGUACGGUUUUACCAAUAAAAAAUUGUUCAAUAAGCAUGAAAAUUAUUUUGGUCUCUCUAGAUUUUUCUGGAUUCUUCCUUAAGAUUGGUCAAUCGUCGCGUAAUCGGGUCGUGAUUAAAUCAAUAAACCUCGUCUCGAAAACUUCAAUUUACCAAAAGAAUCAGGAUACUUUAUUUUUCCACAAUAAUACAGCUAAAAUAAUAUUUAUAAUAUAUAUAAUAUAUAAUAUAUAUAAUACUCGUAUAAUAUUUAUUGUUAUUUGUCCCGAAAAGCAGAGUACUUCAUUAAUUAGAAUUUAAAAAAUACAUAUAUUCCCGAUUGAUUCAAUUUUUUUUGACGAUUUUUUAGAAAGUAAACGAAUGUGUUUAUUCGCAGUUUUUAUCCCCAAAAAUAGAGUAUGCUCUUCUCAGAGCAUUGACUUUCUCUAAUCGAGAAUAAGAUAUCUUGAUUGAUUCACAAGCGUCACAAAUUUAUCACUAAGAUUGUUUAAGUAGAAUGAGAUAUAGUAAUAUAAAUAGAUAUCAUUAAGCUGACGAAUACGAAGACAGAUAAAUGAGACAGAGCAAAUGUGUCGCGCGUACCUGAGUAUAUACGCAAUGACCACGACAGAAAUCGAAUGCGCAUACUUUUCAUGCGCUGCAAACGGUAAAGCGAAAGUGGUUACGGCACCUGCAGGAGUAGGACAUUCAUUCGGUUUCGAGACAUCGAUUUUAAGGUUUAUCGAAUGGUGAAUGUGUCGGUCAUUUGACAAUCUUUUCCAACUACAAAACCAGCACUAUAAAAACAUUAAGCGAAAAGAUGGAGAUAGAAAUCGAAAGAGUCAAUUGCUCUCAAUAUACAUUUUCAUAUUAAAUAAAUUUGAUUUUUCAAUAAUGAAUCUUGAAUAGCUUUUUAUUUAUAUAAAUAUAUAUGUAAAAAUAAAUUAGUCUCUUUUUUGUUUUAUCUUAUUCUAUAUCUAUUUUCUUUUUUAAAUAUUAUUCACAAAACGACGUUUGUGUGUUUAAGAAUAAGAAUGUUUUAUAAAGAUCGGGAAAGAGAGGGGGGCGGGGAAGCAAGAAAAUUGGAAAGAGAGAUUUUUUUCCUUUAAGUUUUUCAUCAUUUUGGUUUUUUACUCGUUUAUUUUCGAAAGUGCAACGGCAAAUGUAACUCUCAUUGCCCUCUUCAUGGCUGACCUGUCCCAUUGAUCCCGGCUAUUGAUGAUUCGAGAUUAAGAUUUGAAUCUCUCGCAGUGUAACAACAAAAAAAAAGUUUCUGCUUCACUUUGGAUAUACGAUCAAUAAUAUUUUUCUAUUCAUGUGUGAUACCGCGCAUCUUUCAAUCUAUCUUUCGAGUGAAGGAAAAUUAUGACAGUCAAGUGAUAAGACAUUGUCAAGGUUGUUGAUGAAUAAUUCUCGCUGCUGCGUCCACUUGCCACUUAUCUGUUAUCGCUUAACCACCAAACGAUACAACGAUAGUCCGUUAAAAAUAUUUGUUUAGAUUAACGCGGUGAAAACACAAUAUGAUUCUUAUUCUCGUCUCGAGAAGGAAUAUGAAAAGAGGAAGAUACUUGAUACUCUUACACAACACGUAUUCUAUUAAUUAAUCUCAGUGCAACUAAAAGGUGAUAUCAUCACAAAAAUGCAUUAUAGCUAUUGAUCUAGCUGCCUUUCUGAUCUUUCAAAGUAUAUACAUUACACAGACAGGUGUAGCAUUUGGAAAAUACUAUCGUUUCAUUAAUAUCAAUAAAGGAUUAUCAAAUUCGAUGGCGAGAGAUCUUGGAAAAAGUGUGCGGCAGUUUUCAAGUUGAAUCUUUGAAAACUUACAACUUUGGUCUCAAUCGGAUAGUUAGAGAUCGAAUUGGAUUCAGGGACUCAAAGGCCGACAAUCCCUGCGCUUAUAAGUAAAUGGUUGGACCUGCCAAACGUGGAAAGAAAUGACGACGAAGAAAGCUCGUGAUUUCGAAACCGAUGGUUACAUUUGAUAGUAGAUUGCAAAGGUUCCCGAAGCAAAAGCGAAUACAUGCAAAGCUGAGUAGACACGAGUAGACGCGAGUAGACGACGUGGAGGAGCAUCACCGCGACUGUCGGCGACAGUGCCGUGUAGCAUGGCCGGAGGAGCCCAGGGUGUAUGUACGGCGUAUUAAUAGCCAAGUAUAGAGUGGUGGUGGGGCCACGGUUGCUCGCGGGUGAAAAUAGAAAAGAAUGUUUUUGGAAUCCAAUUGGACUUGGUUGGCAGAACGAUGGGGCAAUAUGGCCGACUUGGCCGAGCGGGUGGACGAUCUGAUAUGUAGUUUCGACUCGACUGGUGAAACGACCAUGGAUACGCUGUCGAUGCUGAUAUUUGGUUGGAUGUUAUUCGGUUUGGUAGUGUUGUGCGUCGGCAAAUUCGUAUACAAUCGUUUUGUGCUGAACGAGUUCACCACCGUUCCCACCACCACUGCCACCGUCACUUCAUCGUCGCAGUUUAGCAAGGAUGGCCAUACUCGUCACGACGAAGUUACGAGUGCCGUGACCAGUGGUAGCAUUGUUGGAAAACUAUUCGACAAGUCGAAAUCGGUGUCACCGUCUUCUACAUCCUCGUCAUUGCUCACGAGAACUGGUACCGGUAGUGCCGCAGGUGGCGGUGGUACCGUUGGUGCUGCUGCUGCUGCUGCUGCUGCUAGCGGUGGUGGUAUCGGUGCGAUAGCAGGUGUGAGAUCACCGUCGCCGGGAGGCUACGUACCACCCACACCGCCGAUUAGGAAACGUUUGACCCGAAAGACCUCUGGUGCUCUCAUCAGCCCGUCUCGAAGUUCCAGGGCACUGCAUCUUCCGACCGCGACUGGCGCGAAUGCGGAGGCUGUACGCUGGGUCAACGAACUGAUCGUGUGGCUUCACCACGACCUCGUUAUUCUUAACGAACUCUUAGCCACUUGGGUGGCUUCCCUUAACGACUUCACUGCCGGCUCCACCGACGAGCACGGAGUUGGCGUUGAAUUUGUUCGCGUACUUCCAGAGACUCAUCCUCCAACCUUGUCAAAUAUCUUCUGUGAAUGCGAUUCGAAAGAUGAUGUGACCGUUACAUGUGACUGCGAGGCUACUCCAGCUUUGCAGCUGAAGGCAUUUCGGCAACGAGGGGAUAAGGUAGAGAUUAAUCACUAUCGGGUCAAUGUCAAUCGUUUUCGUGCUCGUCUUAACGUCGUCUGCAUCACCGAGAAACUACUGAUCGAUCUGAAAUGCGACGGCUGGCCAGAGGUAAAGAUCUCUCUGGCAGCAGUAGGCACAAUAAAGAAAGACCUGGACGAAAGCCAAUUGCAAGAAGUGGUAACGGAAAUUGUAGUGGGUGCCCUAAGAGGUACCAAUGUUCACCUCAAUCUUUCUCAAUAUCCCACGUGUCCUCGUCUAUGGAGAGAGCCACCUCCUCAGCCAGGCUUUUCAUAUUCUACACAUUACGACAGUGUAAACGUCUCGAAUUCGAUGACACAUCAGCCAUCGCAUCAGCAUCUUCAAGGACAUCACAUCGUACCCUCGCCUGUAUCGAUGCAAUAUGUGCCUGGCGAAAGACGUUUGCUCGUGAAGGUGGUCAGGGCUGUCGACCUCGGUGGUCAACAGGGAGCCAUGGAACCUUACUGCGUCGUGGAAUUGGACGAACCGCCGCAAAAAAAUCAGACUUCUAUAAAGAAAGACACCAAAAAUCCGCUAUGGGACGAGGCGUUUUUAUUCGAUGUAAGCCAUAAUACGAGCGAGGUGCUGUUAGAGGUGUUCGAUCAUAUCAACAAAAGUCAAAGAUUCCUUGGGCUAGGAAUCGUAGGUGUCGAGGAACUUCUUGCGAAUCCGAGUCAACGGCAAAUCAUACCUCUUCAGGCACGGCCAUACGAAGAAGAUGAUAUUACAGGCACCCUUACAGUGGAGUUUUUGUUUAUCGAGGGUGCGGAGGUACCACAAAUUGGGACCAAGCCUUAUAAAGUCAAGGAGACGAUAAAGCCAGUCUCGCCUACCCGUACCUACAGUCAAACAAAUGUCAUCAGCAGCAAUAGUCUGAACUACAACAAUGGUAACAGUACACUUAUCUUGUACGACUCUGCCGCACAGUCGGAAGGGGAUUACUUGACAAAUGGCAACGUUGGGGAUUCACCAUACAAAAGUGGGCAAACGAAUGGUAACAAGGGGACCUUGAUUGUACAUAGUCAGCAAAGGCAAUCAGAACGGCAAAUUGUGAAGGUCGCUCUGACGGAGAAUGGAAAUUGGCAAGAGAUAUCCUCAGAAUACGGAACCAAAGAUGUCAAUGCCAUCUCGGGACCAGAAAGCACGCCCAAUUCUUCUAAUUCAGAAGAAAGAGGAAGAACACGAAGAAAACGACGUGAUUUCUUUGGUACUAUAAAGAAGCGACUAAGUCGAUCCAAAACGAGAAGUAGAUCAGUGGGCCUUGAGGGAGAGAUUAAUCACGAAGAUGCUCAUUCGAGAUCCAUAUCCGCCGAUAGAGCUUGCGAUCCUGGAUCUGCUCAUUUGUCGGUACCAGAACAAUCGAGACGAUCGAGUUUGAGCGAAGCUUCAGGUAUAAGCGGAACAUCCACAAGAACGUACAUUAAUGAAGCUUCCACGCUUGUUCUUGAGACUUUGGAGAACGGUAUAAAAAAACACUACCUCGUACCACUUUCCCUCGCACAGAGAAGUAAAUGGAGGAAAAAGGGGACAAAGCUGCACAUAUUUAACGAUCAUACAUUUAUCGCUAAACAUAUGGCGGGAGGAACAGUUUGCGAGAUAUGUAAAAAGACUCUUGCACGAAGGCUCGGUAAGCAGGGCUACGAAUGUAGAGAUUGUCAGAUGAAGUGUCACAAACAUUGUCACGUGAAAGUCGAUACGAUGUGUCCCACAUCCACUAUUCAGAAUAUCGAGCUGUCCUUACUGCCAGUACUGAGUGAAUAGGAUAGGAUGUGCAUCAAGGUUCCACCACUCGAACGAAAGCCUUCUAUGCUUCUGUGUUCGCGAUAACGUUAAUACAUUUCGGACAUGCGACUUAUUUUUUAAGAUAAGACAGCAAACGAUUAUUGUACUGUCCAUAAUCCAUUUCUAAAGUUUUAUGCUUUUUACAGCUUCUUCUAUUUCGAGAUAAAAAGACGAAUUCUACAUGCAGAAAAUUUUUCUCGAAGAUAUAAGUAUACACGAAUAAAGUACAUACCAUAUUAAUCUUUCACGGCUAAGAUAUAUUUAUAAUAUGCAAAAGAUUUCAAGAAAGUAUGGGAAAUUUAGAGAGCAAAGAAUAAAACUAUACGCAGAAGUAAAUAUUUUCAUCAGGUAUGGGACUUUUUUUCAAUGGCGUUUUACUAUAUGUUUUACUAUAUGUAGAACGCACUAACUUCAAAAGGAACGUUCUACAUCAUAAGAACAUACCAAGAGUACUUCAAUUAUACUGCGUUCGGCAAUGCAAAUCCGAGGUGUCGGAUGUGCUUUUUAUCUUGAAAAUUGUUCGGCAAUUCACAUCUCGGUUCGGAGAUUGACGAACGUGCGCAGUCCGCGUCGCAGAAUAUAUACUGUCCACGUAUUCGUGGUUACUAUCGCAUUUCUAUGAAGAACAAGGACUAUUACCAGAUACGCAACAAAUAUUUUUAUACAGUUCACAGUAGGUACCACUCUAGAUUAUAUUUUUUCUUAUACUGUCUUGAGAAGCAACGCGCAAUUCAAGCUACAACUUCGAAUAUACACAUAUUAUAAGUAUAGGACUUUUUUAUUUUUCUCAUAUUUUCUUGUUAGUAUGGCAAAUUUAUUUACCUUUAGGUUACAAAAUAUAUCUGAUCAAAUUAUUACUUUUCCACUGUCAUAUAUGUAUUAAUUUCCGGUUGAAUACGCGUAUAUCCUACCGGUGCGAUGCAGUUUUAGUAAAUUUUAUUAUGAGUAUUCUACAUUAUCCGAGAAAAAUUUUCUGCGUGUAUAACUUAAAAUGGAGGUUAGGCAAGCUGGAAAAAAUUUUAAAAAUUCUAAAAAAUUAUGUACAAGUAAAGUAGUUCUUUCAUAACACAAAAUUAGUUUUUUUCAAAAUUACACUUUAAAGCGGUAAAACACUUCUUUAAAAAAUCGGUUUAUUCUUUUCAGGCAAAAUCUUUGAAACUAUAAAAGAUAGACAAAAUUUUUUUAAAAUAAAAGUAAGACGGAUUAAAGAGUACUUUAAAGUUAUGAAAAACAAUUUUUUAAUUUUUUUAUUAACAAAAUAUUAUCUCUAUUCCAUUUUUUAUAACUUUAAAGUACUCUGAAAAUCAUUCGACUUUUGUUCAAAAAAAUUUAUUUUUAUCUUUUAUAGUUUCAAAGAUAUUUACUUGAAAAGAAAAAAAAA